AUGUGCGGGAUGGGAGAGGAGAGGUUGCCGAGGAUUUUAUGGGAGGCGAAGUGGGCAAACAAAAAGAGGGGUAGACAACCCACGGAAUGGGUCAAGGUUGUAGAGGACGUAUGGAAGGGGCUCGACAUCGACGAAGAUGAAACGCUGGAAACGGAGGGUCUACAGGGGUUCAAGGAGAAGAUAUCUGUUGCUUGUGCCGAGAGAGAAGAACAGAAUCUGAGGAAAGAAUCCAAGGAUAAGGAGGGUCUAGAAGUGUACGGAAUGUUGAAGGAAGGAAUAGGGUUCAAGGACUACCUACAUGGACCAAUGGAUGCAGGAACAAAGCUUAAGGUCAAAUUCAGGACCGGGGACAUAGGCCUUCGAGAACGUCGACGAAGACAUAGGACGGUAGACGAGGAAGACGACGAGUUCAAAUGUGAUUGCGGCUUCGAAUGCGAAGACCGUGUUCAUGUAGUCGCGGAAUGUCCGUUGUACAAGAAGGAGAGGGAAGUGUACGUGACUGAGCUGGGAAAAAUAGAUGGGACGUUCAGGGAUAUGUUUGAGGCAUGGAAUAGAGAGGAAAUGACGGUAGCUGUCCUGGGGCAUAGGAGGUGGGUUGAAAAGGCGGGAAGGGAUAUCGUUAGGAUAGACAGACUAGGGAAGACAUUUUUGAGCCACCUUUGGCAAAGUAGAAGGGAACGAUUGGCCAUCGGUGAUCGGUCCUGUGGGAACAAUGCUCCGUCCUCUCGAGGACGCGUGGUCAAUGGUCUAACCGCUAAGGCAUGCAAAACAUAAGAGUACGCCCCCCCCCACCA